UGUGUCUGGUAGGGUGGAGCUCUGACUGCAGGGGCAGGUGCGAUCUGGGUCAGGACAGUUCUCCAAAAUUGGCCUUCCAAGCAGCACCCAUUGCAACGAGCGCGAUUUUAGGGGUCUCAUAGGGAUUCACAGGGCAAAACCCAUCCACACCAGAGGGAGAGUUUAAAACCUGCCUCCAAAUUCCUAUAACGUGAGGGAGCCUUUAUCUGAGAUACUGCAGGGAUGGGCGAGAGAGAAUCGCCAUGAGCUCUUAGCAAUGUAGUGCCUAUGACACACAGUUGACCCAUUGUAAUUCCAUCCAUCAGUGGGCGAUGCUGAACAUGUACAAUAGACACAGUACAGUACUGACAGCCCCUCUGUAGAGAGAUGAGAGGUGACUUGUCUGACAUCACCCAGCAGGCGAGGGCAGAGCUCGGAACAGGACCCAGGAGUCCCUACUGCCAGGCCCGCUCACUAACCCCAUUGCUUCCCUUACAGGCGAAUCCUUUUGCUGCUGGCACUUUGCCCCUGCGGGUGGAAGCCGGCACGAUGGCCACGGCCAGCAACUGGGCGUGGAAGCCCAUCGCACGGGACGCCCUGCUUGCACGCGCCUACCACUCAUGCGACGUGGUGCGAGGGAAGCUGCUGCUCUUCGGGGGGCUGAAGUCGGGCGAGCCCAAGGAGCCCCCACUGGGGGACGUGGUGGCCUUUGACCCCACCCUGCUGACGGCUGAGACAGUGGGCCCCGACGGCGGGUACCGGCGCAGCCACCACGACACGGCGGUGCUGGCCGACCGCUGGCUGUGCGUGGUGGGGGGCUGGGACGGCGCCCGCAGGGUCUCGGCCGUGUGCUGCUGGGACACCGAGCGGGGACAGUGGGAGCGCUGGGCCGAGGGGCCCUCCAACGACCCCCCUGUGGGGCUCAGCAGCCACACCUGUACCAAGGUGUCGGAGCAUGAGCUGCGGGUGGUGGGCAGGGAGGGCGGGCUUCGCACCCAGCGGCGCUUCGCCAGCAUCUACACCCUUCGCGUCAACCCCGCCACCAAGACCUACUGGUACAAGGAGGAGGAAUCGCGGACAGCCUCUCGGGCCGGACACUCGGCCAUGCUGCUCCGUGACGCAGGUGGCUACCAGCUGGUGGUGUUCGGGGGCCGUGACUCCUCCGACUGCGAGGUGGCCGGGCGCUGGGGCAAGGGGAAAAUCCACGUAGAGUCCAUCCAUGCCCCCAAGCUGACAGAGCAGCUCUCCCGUCUGGUUGGCUCCGAGAAUGGCUCACGGCAGGCUCCGAAAGGUCUGAGGCACCAAUCCUGCACGGUGGUGGGUCCCUUUGCGGUGGCUUUUGGUGGGGAGACCCUAACGAAGGGGCGAGACACCGUCUGUAAUGAUCUCUAUGUCUACGAUACAAGAUGCUCGCCACCGAGCUGGUUCCGCUUCCCCUGCUCAGAUCGGGGCCAGAAGAGAGUCGGGCACCGCACAUGCCUUUGGAACGACAAGCUCUAUCUUGUGGGGGGCUUUGGCCCAGAUGGGAAGACCCCCUGCCCUGAGAUCUGUGUCUUAGAAAUUCCCUAGUGAGGAAGAGGAGAGAGAUGAGGACGUCCCCCUCCUCGCUGGUGCCCUCCCCACCUUUUCCCUGGCAAUCGUGCCGCUCCUGCAAUCAACCUUGAGAGCCAGCUCUGUGUAUAUGUAAUAAAAGUGCCCCUUGUUGGCCCAGCUCCCCCUCCUCUCCACAGGGAGCUGCACGCUGGCAUCAGGGAUUUAACUCAAACACAGAGAGAGAUUGGGGAGAAAAAGUUUCUUUGUUAAAGAGUCAGACACCCCUCCCUCCCCACGCCGGUCUCUAGGAACAUGCAGUCGGCUCUCUGCAGCCUCCAGCACAGCUAGGAGAGGCCAGGUGUCAUGGUGCUGACAUGUUGCGAGGGGAAAAGAAACCAAACAUGGCUGAAUGGGGCAGGUCCUGGUGAUCUGCCGAGAGCGGGGGAAGGGCAGGGAGCUGUUCUCUUCCUCCACGGAUCACCGUUAAAAUAAAGCCUUCCGCCCUCUCGAGAAUUCAUCAGAGGAAACGACUGGCCGGCCCGGCCCUUGUCUGAGGCUAGACAACCUGGUGCUAGACAGCCUCGCUCCCCUAGGUCGUGUGUGAAAUGAGGAGAGCGAACGGGCGAGUGCCUGCACCAGCAGCCCCCAGGAAGGCGGCUGCACCCUCCAGCACCCAGACUGGUUUCUCCGAGGUUUCAAGCCGCGCUGUCGGCGGAUCACUUAGUAGGACGAGCCCGGCCCUCAGCUCAUGCCAGGAGAAAGGACCUUGGCUUCCAUACAGCUCUCACGGCACCACAGCCAGAAACUUUCCCACAUUCGUAUGCCAAGUGAGCGCCUUGUAAAAUUAAAGAGUCCUCUGCUGAGACAA